GUCAAUGUUGCUGCCCUUCACUUCUUCAUUGUCUGCUGCUGGAAGCGUCGCUCCUUCGCCUGUUUCCCCCGUUUCUUCCUUAGAGAGAAGCCCUUUCCCCGAGAGAGAAAUUUUAUGAAUAAGCAUCAGAAGCCGGUGCUAACAGGCCAACGGUUCAAAACUAGGAAGAGGGAUGAAAAGGAGAAAUUUGAACCCACGGUUUUCCGGGAUACAAUCGUCCAAGGUCUCAACGAAGCUGGUGAUGACUUGGAAGCUGUAGCCAAAUUUCUGGAUGGAACAGGCUCAAGGCUAGAUUAUCGCCGCUAUGCCGACACACUCUUUGACAUCUUAAUAGCUGGCAGCAUGCUAGCCCCGGGAGGGACAAGAAUAGACGAUAAUGACAAGACUAAGAUGACCAAUCACUGUGUGUUUUCCGCACAAGAAGAUCACGAUGCCCUCCGACAUUAUGCUCAGGUCUUCAAUAAACUCAUCAGGAGAUACAAAUAUUUGGAAAAAGCAUUUGAAGAUGAAAUUAAAAAGCUCCUGUUAUUCCUUAAAGCCUUUUCUGAAACGGAGCAGACAAAGUUGGCAAUGCUCACCGGAAUCUUGCUAGCCAACGGGACACUUCCUGCUACCAUUUUAACAAGCCUUUUCACUGACAAUAUUGUCAAAGAAGGUAUUGCAGCUUCUUUUGCUGUCAAGCUUUUUAAAGCUUGGAUGCUAGAAAAAGAUGCCAAUUCAGUUACCUCCUCAUUAAGAAAAGCGAACUUAGACAAGAGGUUGCUAGAACUGUUUCCUCCCAACCGGCAGAAUGUGGAGCAUUUUGCCAAGUACUUCACUGAUGCUGGACUCAAAGAGCUUUCAGAUUUCCUCCGAGUUCAACAGUCACUGGGGACGAGGAAAGAGCUGCAAAAGGAACUCCAGGAGCGCCUUUCUCAGGAAUGCCCCAUUAAAGAGAUGGUGCUUUACGUGAAAGAAGAAAUGAAGAGGAACGAUCUUGCAGAACCAGCAGUGAUUGGACUCCUCUGGACCUGUAUAAUGAAUGCUGUUGAAUGGAACAAGAAAGAAGAGUUGGUUGCUGAGCAGGCACUUAAACAUUUGAAGCAAUAUGCACCUUUGCUGGCUGUUUUCAGCACCCAGGGCCAGUCAGAGUUGAUUCUUCUUCAGAAGGUUCAGGAAUACUGCUAUGAUAACAUCCACUUUAUGAAAGCCUUUCAGAAGAUUGUGGUGCUCUUUUAUAAAGCGGAUGUCCUAAGUGAAGAGGCCAUCUUGAAAUGGUAUAAAGAGGCACAUCUUGCCAAAGGCAAAAGCGUUUUCCUUGACCAGAUGAAGAAGUUUGUUGAGUGGCUGCAGAAUGCUGAGGAAGAAUCUGAAUCUGAAGGGGAAGAAAACCAAGAUGGCUGAAUGAAGCACAAAACUAAAAUUACAGCCAAUUGCGUCUUGGGGGGAUUUUGUACCGUUCACGCAAAGGACUCUUACUUCAGUGUCAUACCGAAAACUUUAGCCUAGGCUUUCCUUUUGUUUAGAAGAAUAAAAUGUGGAGCCCUAAGAUGUUAGAUGCUGUACUUGAAACUCUCCAUCUGGCACGCUGUACACUAAUGUAGGCCAGGGGCAUUCAGCAAGGAGACAUAUAGCAGAACAGAACUAAAUUACUUAAGGACUCCUUUUUAUUAGCGUCUUUCAGGUACUUUGGUGUCCGUCCAUAGGGUUGUUCGAUUUGUGCGUGUAGCUCAACAUUUGCUUGUGUAUGUGAUUUGACAUGGCCACAUUUUUUGGAAUUAAAUGGCUUUUAUAUCUUAA